GCAGGGUCCAUCAGUAGCAGGACUGGCAGGCGAUGGUGGCGACCGCCCGGUGUCGUGUGUGGCGAUGCGUCUGCUAAACGUCGAGUCUCGUCCGUGGAUAAAAAACGGUCAGCUGUGAAGCGAAGCCGAAGAAGAAGAAAGUUUUUGAGGGAGAGUAGAAGCGUGGAUGAGUUCUUUCGGUGCUGCGAUGGCGUAGGUAGUUUGGUUAGACGGGGUCGCGCGGCUGGUCCAUUGUCGGUCGAAUAUAUAAUUCGUCGGCUGUGAGCAGGAAAGCCGUCACGGGAUAUAAACAUAAUAGAAGAUUUAAAAAAGAAUUAACGGUAAUAAUAAUAGUAAUAGUAAUAAAUAAAAGGAUAUCGUGAUACAUGUAGCGGGAAAUACGUAUACGUAUUCGUCGAGUGAAAACGCUGAGUGUUAUUAUUGUGUGCUAGUUUUAUCUCGGCCGAUUUGUUUGUUGUGUUUGUUGCUGCUGUUCUGCUCCUUAUUCUUCUGUGAUUCGGUUGUGCUACAGAUAUUUAAUUUGGAGCCAAGCAGGGAAUAUGGUUACGAUGUUCAGUGAUACGUGUGGAUACGUCCUCUUCCUGCUGCUGCUAGUUCCCUACAUUGAGAGCGCUCGCCGACUAAACGAAUACAUACGCCAUUACGAGACGCUGUCUUAUCCAGCCGAGGACGUUCAUCGGAGUCAUCUAAGGGCGAAGAGAUCUGUCACGCGUGAUAACGCAGUUAACCUUAAGUUUCGUUCACACGGUCGUAAUUUUCACAUAAGAUUGAAAAGAGACCUUACGACAUUCAGUAACGACCUCAUCGUCGAGGGUCCUUCCGGUAAAAUCGAAGACCUGGACACGUCACACAUCUAUCAAGGUCAUUUAUUAGGGGAACCCGACAGUCACGUUUUCGGCAGCAUAAGCGAUGGUGUUUUCCAUGGGAAAAUCGUCUCACCGCGCAGCGGCGCCUGGUACAUCGAAAAGGCUCACUAUUACUUUCCACCGCAUGAGAUCAACGAGACUCUGCACUCGGUGAUUUACCAUGAAAACGACGUGGGAGAUCCGUACUCGAAUAUUCGCGAGGGAGACUCCGGUGGCUGUGGGAUCAACGACGAGAUCGUGGAAUGGAUGGACAUGAUUCAGAAUUCCGGGGAACCUGACUCUCCUCCACCUGCACCCAAGAAGGUCAAUGCGACAAGGCCAAAGGUCGAACCCUGGAACGGCGACGAUGAGAAUCCUGGUCAUAAGUAUACCAGGGAGGCAAAUAUUCCUGGUCACAGGAGAACUCGGAGGGCUACCAGACCCAAAGAGGACAACAAGAAUACCUGCUCCCUCUUCAUUCAAACUGAUCCUCUCAUCUGGAGACACAUCUCUGAGCAGCUUCAUCACGAUGCUGAAAAAACGCGAGAGGAGAUCUUGUCUUUGAUUGCGCAUCACGUUACUGCUGUUAAUUAUAUAUACAGAGACACUAGGUUCGAUGGUCGGAUCGAACACAGGAAUAUUAAGUUCGAAGUUCAAAGGAUAAAGAUUGAUGACGAUACUGCCUGUACGCAGCCACAGAACUAUGGUGAAUCGAAUCCAUUUUGUAUGGAGAAUAUUGACGUCAGUAAUUUUCUCAAUCUUCAUUCUCUUGGGAAUCAUGAAGAUUUUUGUCUCGCCUACGUCUUCACUUAUAGGGACUUUACCGGUGGCACUUUGGGACUUGCCUGGGUAGCUUCGGCAUCCGGAGCAUCUGGGGGAAUCUGUGAGAAGUACAAAACUUAUACCGAGACUGUUGGAGGGAUGUAUCAGUCUACCAAGAGAUCACUGAACACAGGAAUAAUUACUUUUGUAAAUUACAACAGCAGAGUCCCUCCAAAAGUGUCUCAACUCACGUUGGCCCAUGAAAUUGGUCACAAUUUUGGUAGUCCGCACGACUUCCCACCGGAAUGCAGACCCGGCGGUUUACAUGGGAACUACAUUAUGUUCGCCUCGGCCACGAGUGGCGACAGACCGAACAACAGUAAAUUUUCAAAAUGUAGCAUAGGAAAUAUCAGUAAUGUACUAGACGCCAUAGAAGACAACAAAAAGCGUAAUUGUUUCACAGUGUCUGCUGGUGCAUUCUGCGGCAAUAAAAUUGUGGAGGCUGGCGAGGAAUGCGACUGCGGUUACGACGACGACGAAUGCGCUGACAAGUGCUGCUAUCCUCGUCAAGUUUCGGACUUGGAAAGAAUUAAAAACGACACUGCCAAAGGCUGCAAUAGAAAAUACGGAACGCAGUGCAGCCCAAGCCAAGGUCCUUGCUGCUCUAGUGAAACCUGUCAAUUUGUACCGUUAUCGCACAAAGUUCAAUGUAAAGCUGAAUCUGACUGCAGUUAUAAUUCUACUUGCAAUGGUAGCUCAUCAGAGUGUCCGGCGCCAUCGCCAAGAGCUAACAAGACCAGAUGUAACGAGGGGACUCAGCUGUGCAUUAACGGCGAGUGCACUGGAUCCAUUUGCUUGGAAUGGAACUUGACCGAGUGCUUCCUUACAAGUAAUAUCAUACCGAAUAUCGACAAGCGUAAACUUUGUGAAUUGGCUUGUCAGAAUGGUACUGAUCAGUCGACUUGUCGAAGCACCAGUGAAUUCGCUCACAUUGUGGGUUUGCCCGAUGGCGGCAUAAGCCUUAGGCCUGGUUCACCUUGCGAUAAUUUCCAGGGAUACUGUGAUGUGUUUUUGAAGUGUAGAGCAGUGGAUGCUGAAGGCCCACUUGCUAGGUUGAAGAAUUUACUCUUUAACAAAGAGACUCUAUUGACGGUUGCGCAGUGGGUCACGGAAUUCUGGUGGGCUGUUCUUUUAAUGGGUAUAGCUUUCAUCAUUUUCAUGGGUCUAUUUAUUAAAUGCUGCGCCGUUCACACUCCCUCCAGUAACCCAAAGAAGCCACCAGCUAGACGAAUUAGUGAAACUCUUAGAAGGCCAAUGAACACUCUCAGACGAAUGCGGCAUCCCCACGGUGGCGGUGGUGCUGGUCCCAGAAGUAUACCACCAAGACAAGGUCAGGCAGGUCACGGUACACGUGGACCUUCUCAUGGUUAUGGUGAAGGCAGAGGUGCUCAGUAUUAUCCUAAAGGCUAUCGCUCGGUUCCCACAGCUAGUGCGCCACCAGCCAAUAGUACAGCAGCCAACCACAGUCGUAACAACCACCCCGGAUUGUACGCCGGCGCCUAUUCGGGCUCCGGGGGAGGGGGGAGGGGCACAGCCUACGAGAUGAGGCAUCACAACAAGGUCUGAUGAUCUACCCAGGGUUGUGCGAACUUCAGAAAUUGUUUCCGGCGUCAUCAUCUCCUAGAAGAUCCAUUUACGCGUGGACAUUGAGAAAAUUCCAUACCCAGUAUCAGGAGUGGAAAGUUUUUGAGAAGAAAAAGAAAAUAAUGUUGCGGAGAAGAUAAUGAAGAAAUUAGAUUUUUUUGUCGAACAAAAUCGAGGCAUCUCGGGAUUCCUUCGAGCGUUAAGACUGUUUUGCAAGAGAUCGUCGAGGGUCUCCUGAAUCCUCGUGGAAAUACGAACAAGAGAGCAUCAAUUGCGAUUUUUGACGAUUUUUUCGGAACGUACCGGAAGUCACGUGUGACCAAGUAUCUUCGAACUACGGAAUUAGCAUCUCGGACAAGGUUGUAUUGUUCUUGUGCGACGACCUACUCGAUGUCGGAAUCGCCUGUCCUUUGUGCUUGGUGAAAGGUCGUUGCAGAACGUGACGUCACUUAAAUUGUGCUUUUUUUAAAUAUGAUUUUUUAAAUUGUAAGCGUAAUCGUGCGAUUAUUGAUCAAUUGGAGAUCAAAUUAGACAAUAUGUAUGUAUGAUUGAGGGAGGGUUACAAUCUUUCUUAAAUGUAAGGGUGGAUUUUGAUAUGGAUUGAUGAUUAAUUAAUCGACCAAGGUUUGCCCCGUUUUCGUGUGAUGCACUGGAAUGUCGUUUGUUCGCGUGUCGUACGAUCACAGCCAGAUCAUGCGGACGCGCGUUAUCUUUUUCUUUUUUUUUUCAACAGCUCAUUAUCACGAGUCUCGUUUGCCCAUAACUUUCAAACCGGAAACUGAAAACGAAUCUAACGAGAUCUAUUUGUAAUUCUGGAAUUCGACGGUGCGCUUGCUUUUAUUUCUGCUGUCGAUUUUAUGGGCAUUUUAUCGAUGGCAACCGUCCGCGAUGCAUAGGGCUAGGGGCCAUACUUGUACUGAUUGGAUGUGAUUCUCUAGAGCUACACUAAAUAAUUAAUGAGAGCGAAGAUAACGUUAAUUAUUUAUAAAAUCGUGUUCUACGUCUGUUGCGACCUUUCGACCUGACAAACGGGACGCUCAGCAUUACCAAACUAUCGCAGGUCAUUCACUUGAUCUCUGUACCAUUGUAGAAUAAUGAUUAAUGAUAUGUAUUAUUCUUAUACUAAUUUUUAUUAGCCAAUUGGGAGCGAAGCUGGAUUACAGCCAGCGGAGAAAUGACGAUAAAAAAAGAACAAGCGACAUGAAAAGAGAAGAAAAAUGCAAAAAAAAACAAUUUUAUAGUGAUACUCAAUUUAAUCGAAUCGUCGCGUUACGAUCGCGCUAUUAUUAUUAUUAUUAUUAUUAUUAACGGUUCAAUUAUUAAUUAUUAAUUAGUUGACUAUUGCCGAUGAAUAAUUUAUCGUUCACUGUCGCGAUUAUUGUAAAUUAUAUUUAAAAUAGCGUUUAAUCCUCGUGGUCGCAUUACCGGAGGGCUGCACCGGUUUUCGAGAGCUAUCGUUAAUUAAUUAAUGAGUGAAUGGAUCAUGCUCACGGCACGGCGGACCAAAGAAAAUAAUUAAUUUUUCUCCUUUCCCUCUACGUUUCAUUUUUUUUUCACUUCCUCUUAUCCUCGGGUUGCAUUUACAUUAUCUCUUCGGUCUGUCGUUCUCGAGCCGACUGCUGAACAAAAUUAAGAAAAUAUUCUCGUUGCGGCCCACCACCUUUGAUAUCUGCACCACCAUUAAGUGAUUUAAAUGAUAUCGAUUACUACACGAUAUACAUAUAAUAUUAUAUAGCAUCGCAUAGCAUCCCAUUUAAAUCAAAGGCUGAUCAAACAUAUUUUUAUUUAAGAUUUCCAUUAUUUUUCUUCCAAUUCGUAUGCCGUUGCGAAGUGGAGAGGACAUCCAAAUAUACACGAACACAAUACACAGUCGCAAACACAAAUUACACAAGGCGUAUUUACAAUUAUUACUUUUUAUCAUUAAUUAUUUUUUAACGCCAUCAUUAUUGGCGAAAUUUUACUUAUUAGCUACUUAUUCAUGCCAAUAACAACCAGUCCUGUUUUCUUUUUUAAAGUAAAUAUAACAGUGAGCCGCAGCAUCCAUUUUGCACAUUUUUUGGGGCAUAAGUAAAGAUCCCUAUUGUGUAGUUUUAAUAACACAUGCUUCACUGUCUUUUCGGUUUUCAUUUGGUAUUUUUUUUUACUUUUGCAAAAACCCAGACACGAAAAAAAAAAUUCUUUGCCAAUUUACACGUCAAGUUUUGUACUAUUCGUCGACGAUUUAUUGUCUGCUUUAACUUUCUGUACAAGACAGAUAACCCAGCUGGAAAUAUCGCAAGAUACUAUUUUUCUAUAUGACCCGCGAGAAAAGAUGGACCGUUAUUAAUCCUCUUUAGUGCUAACCGUCGAGAAUUCGUUGGGUCCAUACAAUGUUUGCCAGGAAUUUAAACGAUAAACUUGUAUCUGCCGCUUCUAUUACUUUAUUUAUUUUUAUGUUUUUUUUAUAAAGUUCCAAGGACUUUUUUUCCCAUUCACUUUCAACCGUAUUCUCGUUCAAUCCUUUUCAUAUUUUCCCUCAUACGACUCUCCGAAAAUAAGAUCUGUUAGGAUAGACAACAAAUUUGUGCGAAUCCGGCGUCGUGCUACUCCAGUCAAAAUGAGAUGCAACCAGGCAGUUCGAAUGAGUCUGACAAGCUGGGCUUUGGAGUUGGGAUCCAGUUUGCGUUUGAACCGCAAAAAUCGCGACUGACAGAAGAACAAAUUGAGCAGUUCGUUUUUGCAAAUGUUUUUCCAAAUUGUGACAGACAUUCGUCUACACGUUAGAAAGACUGGAGCGAUAUGAGGAUUUAAGUAGCGUGAGAGAAAAUUAAAAUAAAUUUGAAAAAAAAACAGAAAGAGAGAGUUAUGGGUAUUUAAUAUGUAAAGCGAAGAACCAGCAUAUAUAUAUAAGAAAAUGAAAAUCCGAGUUUGCGGGUCGUGUGGGUAAUGUACAAUAGACGCAAUGUGAUUAUUAAGCGGAUCGUAUGAAAUCAUAUGAGAGAGUACACCUGUGUAAAUAUACCGAUAUGACAUAUAAAUAUAUAUAUAUAUACAUAAACGAUAAUUAUAAUGAUAAACUCGUAAAGCGAAUAAACAAAAUACUUGUUUUUUAUAUCAGAUAUGUAUAGCGAAAUAUUAUUCUGUAUUUUGUAAUCGGGACGGACGGUAUGAUAUAACGUGAUGUAUGCCUGAGGUGCCGUAAGACAUCUCGCUGAAGGGUUUCGAAUAAUUAAAUAAUAAUAAUUUCGAGACCCAUCAGCGCCAAAACGAAAUAAUCUUUUUUUAAGAAAUUCUCGUAGCGCACACGAGAGACGCCAUUGGCCACAUUCUCCCGAAAAGCCUCGUCGAAUAGUCGUAAGAUACAAACCGAUUGCGUUUACACCGAUCAGAGAGCCAAUGUUAGAAGAUAACGAGGGUUCUGAAAAUAAAUUAAAAAUGGCGGAAAGAAAAAAAAAGAUAAAAGCUCAGAAUUAAUAUUUCCGAGCGCACAGCACGUUCGGCGAAACGUCAUAAUUUUCUUCCAAUCCACUGCCACACGGUUCGAUUAAAAUUAUUAAAAAUCGUUUGAUUGCUAUUAAACAACCUGGCAAUUCUAUUAUAGAUUCUAUUUAAUAUCUGAUCGGAUCGGAUCGCUUCCAAUUCACUGCCGGAAAGCGUCGGAGUCUCGCUGGUUUCCGUUUUCGCGUUCGUCGCUCGCCCACGAUACACGCUUCCGCCGGGAUACGCAGGACCCCAGACGCCAUAUUACUGGUCCAUUUGUUACGUAACGGGAGGAACGCCGAGAAUGGGGCCAAAACUCUCGCGCGAUUAGUUCAAGAAGUCGCUUGCGUGCGUUAGACGUGUGACGAUAAAUUUUACUUCAUUUGCCAAGCCUUCUACUUUUAUAUUUUCAUCCAUCUCAAUUGAUUAUUGCUGCUGCUGUUUCAGCAUCUCCCUCUUCCGUAUCCCUAUUCCUUUCUCUCUGUCUCCCUUGUUUCUGUGUACGAGAAAAUCAUUUAUUAUACCUAUCUAUUUACCUUGACGUUCUAUCAUCUGUAUCACCUGUGCUUAAGCUUCGUUUCUAUCGUGACGCGCGAUAAACACUACUGUACACUCUAUCACUUGUAUAUAAUGUUAGAAAGGAAAAGAGGUGAGGAGAAAAAAAAAUUGAGAAUUAUAUUUUUUCUAUCGAUCCAAAAACAUGGUGACUUAUCAACAAGAUCGUGCAACUCGGUUAGUUUCGUUUAGAUUGUAAUAAUUUUGUUUUUUCUUUCACGUUUGUCGUCACUCUCUCGUGCAGUGGAUACCGAAUUUUCUCUGUCUCGACACUUUCCGGUUGUUUGAUUUUCUUCUUUCUUUUAAUUUUGAAAAGUUGCCUUUGCCUUGACGAACAAUUUCCUCCUUCUUUCUUACUCUCUAUGUGGAUUCUUCGAAAUGUUAAUUUUUCUCGUUUUUCUUUCGUUAAUUGUCUAGAAUUUUGGAUAAAUUACGUUGAUCGACUCGACUCGCGGGAUUUGUCGUAUGAUUUCGCAUAAGCAUGAUAACUGACCAAUUGCCUGAACGUAGCUUAAGAAUCCUUUCACUUUUUCCCCAAAAAAAAAAAUGUUUAGGACGUGGCGUGUUUUAAGGAUAUUAUAAAUAAAAUAUGAUUGUGAAUAUCUCUUGUGUUACGUUAAUGUGAUUAAAAGAACAUUGUAAAGAAUUAAAUAAAGCAUACAUUUUACAUUUA